AUGGUUGGAAGCAUGAAGACGAGAGGCAAAACCGCCGCGAUGGCUAAAUCCGCGACGGCCCAAAGCCACUCCGCCCACGAUCCCGCGAUCGACAUGGUGGCCCCACCACCUCUCACCACCGCACCGGCCACCGCCGCCGAACAUGGUGGAACCUCCUAUCAAGGUGGGCUUGUUACCACCGCUGACUUAGGCCCGAUCUUGGAGCAACUUCAAGCGAUCCCUUCAUUGCCUCCACGCUCGACACACGCUCCCGCGCACACCUCCAAUGAAACCCUAGCCCGUGUGCAAUUGGGCUCCACACACUUCUCUCCUCCUGAUCCACGAAGUCAAGCAGACCUUAGUCUGAGAGUUGACCAGCUAGCUCAGAGAAUGGACGACCAAAGCGAUAUGAUGAGGCAACUCCUCCACCAAAUCAGCUUGGCUCAAAACCUUGGCCUUGGACAACUAGGCGAAGAGAGAAGGAUGGACGAACACACCGGCAGGCAACUCAAACGGGUACCCAGCAGGUCAAGCAGGAGUAGGCAGACAAGGCGAGGGACAACAACUUGA